CGGCUCUGCACGCGCGGGAGCGGGCGGUCUCCAUGGCAACCAGCGGGGCCAGCCUAAGGCCCGCCCGCCACCGCCACCACGCCGGCCCCGCCCGCACAAAGCCCGCGCGGUGACCCGCCCUCUGCCGCGACCCCGGCCCCGCCCCUGCCCCGGCCCCGGCCUGGCCCGGCCCCUGCACCUGCCGGAGGCCGCCCGCCGCCAUCGCCAGCGCCGUCGCUCGGCUGCGCUGACCGGGAAGCAGUUCUCGGCGGUCCGCGCGGUGACUCAUCGGCCUGGCCGCGUCCCCCGCGCGGGCCAUCUUGGUCACGGCCGGCGGCGGACGGAGCCGCGGAGGAACCGCGAGACCCCAGGGCCCAGAGCAGGUCCAGCCACCCGUCCGGCUCCGUAGUCCGCGAAGUCUGCAGUAAAGGAGCCGCGUGGGACCUGGGCCGAAGUCCCCAGGGCCUGGCACCGCGUGCACCUCUCUCGGGCCCUCGGCUUGGGGGUCUCGCAGCGCCCUCCCGUCGUGCACCCCACGCUGCCCCCAUUUCUACAGGGGCCCACCUGGUCACCACACCCCCUUGGCCCACCCGCGGAUCUCAGCCCGUGGCUGACCUCUGGCCAGCAUGGUGCAGCCGCAGACGUCCAAAGCUGAAAGCCCAGCCUUGGCAGCGUCUCCGAAUGCCCAGAUGGAUGACGUUAUUGACACCCUGACCUCCCUGCGCCUCACCAACUCGGCGCUGAGGCGGGAGGCUUCCACCCUGCGGGCAGAGAAGGCCAAUCUCACCAACAUGCUGGAGAGCGUGAUGGCAGAGCUGACCUUGCUACGCACCAGGGCGCGGAUCCCGGGGGCUCUGCAGAUCACCCCGCCCAUCUCUGCAAUUACUUCAAACGGGACUCGACCCAUGACCACACCUCCAACCUCUCUGCCCGAGCCCUUUUCCGGGGACCCAGGCCAGUUGGCGGGGUUCCUGAUGCAGAUGGACAGAUUCAUGAUCUUCCAGGCCUCCCGCUUCCCGGGUGAGGCCGAGCGUGUGGCCUUCCUUGUGUCUCGACUGACUGGGGAGGCAGAGAAGUGGGCUAUCCCCCACAUGCAACCUGACAGCCCCUUGCGCAACAACUAUCAGGGGUUCCUGGCAGAGUUGCGGAGAACCUACAAGUCUCCGCUCCGGCAUGCGCGGCGCGCCCAAAUCAGGAAGACUUCUGCCUCUAAUAGGGCUGUGCGAGAGAGGCAGAUGCUCUGCCGCCAGCUGGCCGCUGCGGGCACGGGGCCUUGCCCAGUGCAUCCAGCUUCCAACGGGACUAGUCCAGCGCCAGCCCUGCCUGCCCGAGCACGGAAUCUUUAAGAAUCCGCCACCACUUGGUAGCGUCUGCAGCCACCCAGGUAGCAUACGCUCUUUGCUGUGUAGAAGAAAUGCCCAUACGACAGCUUUGCCCCUAUUUGAAGACCUCCCUUCUUGCCUCUCCAGACGUGUUCCCCAAGGAGAUCUUCCUUUCAUCCUUCCUGGCGCCCUGAUUGCCCACCUUGCCGUGCUUCCUCUUACGUGCUAGCUUUGCACCUAUCGCUCACUGCAUGCUCGCCUCCUUCUUGCUGGCAUCCCGGCCUGUUUCAAUGACUACCGCUCUGCUACUUAGGCACAGGGACUCUGCCACACGCUGACAGACCACGAGGGCUGACCCCUCCUAGCCUGACUUGGUUCAUGGAGGCUCCUACUCUGCCCUCUGCAAGCUCCCCUGGCGGCUCCCCACCUGGUUGCCCAGUUCCUAUUGAUGAGCUCUGGACAGAAAGAUGCCAGUUUGGCCAGGCUUGUGGCUUGAUGGGUGUACCUGGAGAGGGGGUCUGGCCUCCUGCCCAAGAUGCCUCCCAGCCCUGCCGGGGCCCAGUGCAGCAGGCAGGGCCUCAUCCGUGCUGUAGUGGUCAAGUGGUCACUGCAAGGAGUGUAGUUCUGCCAUUUCUGGGGGCCAGGUUCCACUCUGCACAUGAAUAUGCAGUCUGGAAGGCCCCACUGCUCUCACUGGGAAGGACCAAUGUUGCACCUCUGUUAAUGCCUGGCUUCAGCUGCUGGUGUUCUGAUGGAGCCAGAGGUUUGGGGAAUCUGGAACUUGCCUGCUAAAUAAGGUCAUGGUGGACUCUCAGCCAUUGGGCAAGUCUGUCAGGCUGCAGGUUCCUACACACCCACGCGUGAGGGCCAUAGCAGGCUGAGGGUGGAUACCAGCGACUCCCUUUGCUGCCCAGGAUCUCCAUGGGCAGUGCCACAGCGGCUGAUGCUCAGUCACUCCUGCUGCUACCCCCUGUCACUGAUGGCGAGCCUUGCCCAGCUUGAAACCUGUUCCCAUCUCCAUUCAGGUGCCAUGUGGCCUUCACUGCGGCCCUGCAGCCACUCACACACCAUCUGUGGGUCUCCAAAGGCACCUUGUAGCAUGUACUCCCCGUGCCUGGGCAAUCAGAUGGGCUGCCUUUGUCCAAGGGAAAACAGACUCCCUUCGGGAAACAUCCUUAAGCACUUAAGGCCGGGGAGUUGUCUGCCUCUGGCAACCCAGCCAGGGUCUUGGUGGCAUUUGUAAAAGCAAAGAGCUAUGGACUGCCGUGGUCCUAGUGUGGUGACAAUGCAGCACUGGCAUGCAUGUCCUCCUUCUGAAGGACCUCGUCCUUCCCCACAGGGGGAUGACCAAGAAAUCAUUUUGUGGCUGAGUUUGGCCACACCCUUUGGACUGUGCUGUUCCGCCAUAUUUCAAUGCCAAAUGAACCACAUUGACAUGACCUGGACCAUAGGGCUUCCUAUCCUGGGCUCAGCUGCCCCUGUCUGAAGGGUCCUGGCUUGAUUGCAGAAGGACAACCUCCGCACCCACCUAAAGACAUGUAUAUGUCUUGGGAUCCCAGAGAUUGGGUCCUUGGGCCUGGCUUCUUAAGAGUUUUGAUGAUGCUGGGAAAAGUGACUGCGAUUCUGAGGAACCGCUGCCUUGCAAGGUCAAGGACAUUCAGUGGUUGCUGGGGUCCACAGACUACUGCCACCCACUCACCAUCAACUCUGUUAGCCCAGUUGCCCUGCUGAACAACUGCCUGAAUACAGGCUUUAGGUUCCCCUGGACUCCAGCCAAGGCUGUUCAGGUGGGACCAUGGUGCUCUUUAAGUGUGAUCGGAGGGAAGACACACAGCAGGGCCAUCAUUCCAUGAAUGGGAGGUGUACAGAUCACUUUCUCUUUGUGCUCAGUUCUGUUCUGUCUCCAGUGGCUGUAUUGGUAAGACUAGUACCUGCCAGGGAGAGGUGCCCCCAAGUGAAGGGGUACAGUGGCACCUGGGAAAAGACACCUGGAAGGUUUCCAUGUGGCCCAGCCCAGCAUGGAAGCAGGGUGGGAACUCUGCUGUGUCGCCAGCCCUCACUCUACCUGAGUGGCUUGUUGAAAGCCCUACCAUGUCUGUGUCAGGCUUGUGCUGCUGCACACCCCAGAGCUGCCUAGGAAAGGCCAGCCACACUCCCUGUCCACACCUGCAGCCGGGUCCUCUGCCUAUGGGCACCCCAUCCAAGCAGCUGCUCCACCUUUGUUUGGCAUGGUGAUUUGUGUUUUUUCUCUUGGUGCUUAUGUGUGUGGGCUUGGGAUGAGUGCUGGUAUGCACUUAGGACCUUCUUGAUAGCUCUCUGCACUUUGGAACAUAGAGCAGAUGAGAGAGGGUCAGGGGCUUGCCCUCCACCUUGGACUUGGAAGAAGCCCACAUUGGAGAGGUGAGGACCCCGUGGUGGCUCUAGUGGAAGAUACUUUAGUCUCCAGCUAAGGAGGAUGAGGCACAGCCCCAGAGGGAGACCUCAGUGACAGGGGAUCAGGCUGAAGAAGAAAGUGGGGGAAGGGAGAUGCUUUGUACAUAUUUUGGGGUUGUAAUUUCUCUAAAUUUUAGGAGAACAGGUAUUGAUUGAUAAAAGGGACAGGCAGUAGUGUUCAACAGUGCAUGUGAAGGAAAGUUCUGUUUUCCAUGGUUUUGACAUUCUUUGGACCGUAUUGUGACUGCUCUCCAGUCCACAUGGUACCCCUUUGGUAAGUAGGCUUCAGUGCAUACCAGGGCAUCACUGGAGAUGGGAGUUAGUGAAGGGGUGACUCCCUGGCCUAGUAUAGUGUGACUCUGGGACUAACUUAAUGUCCUAAAGCAUUUUGGUGACUUCUAGGAAACAGCAAAGACCUAUUUCAUUGUCCCCAGGUAAGUAUGUGAUGAGCAAUGAGGAGGAGUGGAAAACAAAACCCAGAAAGUGUGGCAGGACCAGCCUGACGCACACGCUCCUGUUGUCAUGGCAGACAGCCACCUUGGAUGGGCACCACCCUGGCAGUUCCAGCCUGUAGGGGAAUGAAGGGACAUGGGUUGAGCUGGGCAUGUGCUGAGGUUAACUUAGGGAACAAGCCCUGGGAUUGGACAAAAGGGCCCAUGCUGCAGCCACUGACUGGGGGCAGAGCUCUGGGUGGAAGAGGGAAGAGAUCCUAACCGAGGCGCCUCCAUCUGCAACCACAGCCGUAAGGCUCAUGGCAUCUCUGCUUGGAGAGCACUGGUUUAGGGAUUUAGAGAGGUAGGCACAAGGUGGGUCUCCUGGGGAAGGGAAGCACGAGCAGACUGUUGGGCCAACAGGAGAAGCUCCCCAGAGUAGGGGAGAAGAUUGGGGUGUAGGGCCUUCCAUGUGGAACAGACAACCCCCAUGUCGCUGUCUCUUGGGGUCCUGAGGUUGGGUGGGGUGGCAGUUGGCACAGCGCAGAUGCGGUAGAGAUGGGAGGAAACCCAGCUCCUCACUUCCGUGUGCCUCAUGCCUUUGCAUACACAAGCACCAAACCUACUAGGUCUUCUCAUCAUCCAUGUAAACCACAUGUUAGAUAAAUUUUUGCAAGUAGAGGAAAGAAAGAAAUAAAACAUCACAUUUUGGUGUCUCUCAGGCUUUUCCCCCCAACUAUAGUUUCUUUGCAUUUUGUUUUAACAUAGUUUUGCUGCUGUCUUCUGUAAUGAUACAGUUUUGUGCAGCUGUUUUCACUUAGCAUAUCGUGGGCAUCUCCCCUUAUGAUUACUAAAUAUUUUAUUUUGGAGUGGCUGUGUACUCUCCCAUCGACUAGAUGGACCAUUGUGCCAGUUGCCAAUCACUAAUGCUGUUACUAAUUUUUCAUUUAUAAAUUGAUGAAUAUCUUUGUGCACAGGCUGUUUCCCAAUGUCAAGUUAUUAGGGUAGACUCCAGGAGGUGGGAUUCUUGAACUAAAGAAUAUGAAAACCUUUGAGGCUUUUACUACAUAUUGACAAAAUGGUUUCCAGAAACAUUUGUAUCCCCUUACACUGCCACCAGCAAGGAUAAACAUGUCCAUCUUGCCCGUAUUGGGAAUUAUCAUCUGGCUAAAUAUUUGCUAAUUUGAUAAUGAAAAAAUGGCAUCGUGUUUCAGUUGGCAUUUCACUGACUUCUAGCACGGUUGAGCAUCUUUCAUGUGGAGCGAUUGUAUUUCCUCCUUUGUGGAUUGUCAAUGUCCUUUGCUCUAUCUUCUGGGGUCUGAUAAAUUUGUAUGAGCUUGGUAUAUAUUAAAGAUAUUAACCUGGUGUGUGUCA